GCGCGUGCUGGAAAACAAAAGAAUGAAAAUUAGAUUGCAUUUAGUGCGCUUCAUGUACAUUAAUCUAAUACUAAGCUGCUGUUUCUGGCUAUAUGAUAAUGCUGCUGCGGCAGAUGUUUCCUCGGCUAAUGCUGCAACAGCGGAAAAUGCGAACAGAGCCGUGCAUCAGCCGGAGUCUCGAAUGCAGAUUCCAUUGGCGCCAGGCUCAGAAAAUGAGGAGACUUUCGCCAUACCGUUAACAAAAUUUAAAACAGUUACAAAUGUGGCAAAAGAAGAUGCGCCACCAACCGCAACCACAACAGCGUCGACGUCGACGUCGACGACGACGACGACAUCGCCACAGCAAGAAGCAGAUAACAUUGUGAUGAAGUUGGGCAGCGCGCCAAGUACUAGUGCAGAAGCUAUAAGCGACGCGGUAAUAGACACGUCAGUGAAUAUAAAAGUGCUGCCGUCUGAUGUAAAUAUCAAUAAUAAUAACCAAUAUUUUAGUGUAGUGCCUAAUAACGAAAAAAGUAAUAGUGCAGAGGAGACAGCGACCGCUAAAGUGCCAAAAAAUCAGUUAAACAAAAUUAAUAAUAUUAAUAUAAAUGAUAAUAUAGAUGUUAAUCAAGUAGACAAAUUACAGCAACCAAAUCAAGGUGGCGAUGCGCCCAAACCAAUUCCAGCUCCGGAUCAUCAGCGCAAACAAAGCUUGCCCGAAAUAAUUACCGAGCUGCCCGCCGUUACCGUGGCGGAGCUGCCCCUGGAGGUUGAGCAUGUCAAAGAUCGCUUGGAGUCAGUCUUACCGCACGAGGCGACGCACAGUUCGGGUAACAAAACCGAGAGUCAGCAGCCGCCAAAUCAGACGUUUGAAAUUGCCAAGGAAGCAGCUCAGAAAGCUGAACUGAACAUCAACGAUCCGGGCGGAGGAUUGGAGCUCCAUGCGUUCGCCAGUUCCGAAUCGAAUGCUACCGUGGAUGGCAAUGUGACCAGCGAAGGAGGCCAGAUCGCAAAUGCUGCGGCAGCCGCAAGCAGCAAUGAGACUGUCGAGGAAGUGCCGAUGCCCGUCUUCUCGGAGUGGGCGCAAAAGCAAAUAGAGGCAGAGGCGAGUCGCGAGCAGGCCAUGGAGCUGGAGCAGCAGGUUGUUAACAAUUCGGCGCAGCGUCGAAAUGCCACCGGCUCGGGCAGCGGCAAGCCGCCGUCGCUGAAGUUGCGCGCCAAGAAUUAUGCCUCGCCCGACUGCGGCGCCAAGAUAAUUGCCUCGAAUGCAGAUGCCACCAACACGGGAGCUGUGCUGAGCCACUCGAGUGACGAAUAUAUGCUCAGUACAUGCGGCAGUCGCAUCUGGUUCGUGGUGGAGCUAUGCGAGGCCGUGCAGGCGCAAAAAGUGGAGCUGGCCAACUUUGAGCUCUUUAGCUCGUCGCCAAAAAACUUUACAGUGGCCGUGUCCAAACGGUUUCCGACUCGCGACUGGAGCAACGUGGGCCGCUUUGCGGCGGAGGACAAGCGCACGGUGCAGACGUUCGAGCUACAUCCGCAUCUGUUUGGUAAAUUUGUGCGCGUAGACAUACAUUCGCACUAUUCCAAGGAACACUUCUGUCCCAUUUCGCUUUUCCGUGUGUUCGGCACAUCCGAGUUUGAGGCGUUCGAAACAGAGAUCCGGCACAGCGAUGAACUGGACGACUUUGACGAUGACUUUGGCGGGCAGGAACAGUUGCACAAGACACUUUCCGGCACCGAUGGCGGCGGUGCCAACAUAUUUCAAAGCGCCUCCGAUGCGGUCAUCCAGAUGGUCAAAAAGGCUGCCCAGGUGCUGGUUAAGCCCUCCAAGCCGUUACGCUGGUCCACCGAUUCGCUGCUCUGUUUCACACCCACUGCUGGCCUUUACAGCUGCCAGAGCUGCAACAGCUCUGCCGUGGAUCGCAUUAACAACCUUCUGUCCUGUCAGUCGCAGCAGCUGCAGCAGCUCCUCCUGCUGCCGCAGCUGCGCACACACCUGCUGCAGUCUCGCGUUUGUCAAGCAGACUAUAACAUCAGCCUGAGCUUGUCCAGGGAAGAGGAGCGCGCGACAAGCGGAAUGGACAAGCGCCAAAGCUUCUAUCUGAGCAUGUUGCCUGCAGAGCAUGUGGGUGCCAUGUGCAAGCUUCUACAGGCGGAGCACAGCAGCGUCGUCGAGUAUCCGGUUGAAUUGACGAAGGCUGAGCGGCAGCGGAACCUCGAUGUAGCACAGCAUUUAUUCGAAAAUCUGACCAUAGCUGAUCCGUCAAAAGAGCCGGAUUCAGAGGCUAAAGUUACCGUGCCGAAUGAUUCCUUGCCUGCCGUCACACCUACCUUGGAAGUAGUAUCUGCCGAGAUGUCCACGGCCAGCGAAAAACCUACAACCGAUGCCCAGCUGGAUCCACAGCCAACAGAUAGCUCCACAAUAGCGGCCACACCAUCUGACGUGAAUAUAUUUAAUGUACCAACUGACACCCAGAAAAACCCGACACAAGGCUCAGGACCCGUUGUUCCCGACACGCCGACGGCUAAGCCGGAAUCGCAAGUUGACCCCAACGAAGUGGAGGCCUCCAAAGCGCCUCCUAGCCCUACGACUAGCCACCCACCAACAAGCUCGGGCGAAUCGGACAGCGCAGAUCUUGUAGGCAGCGGCAACGGACUGGAUGACAGCAAUCUGUCCAACUGGGAGAGCAUCGAUAGCCUGCUGACUACAACGGUUGCAUCAAUAACGGCAGGUGGCGGUGCCGCUGCGGCUGCCGCGGCCGUGGUCAAUGGCAAUGCAAACAUCGGAGGCACUGCCAAUGCCGGAAAUGCGGGUAGCCUAAACUUACAGCCAAAAUUAACGCACGGACCGCAAUCGGAGAGCGUUUUUAUAAGGCUAUCGAAUCGAAUUAAGGCGCUCGAACGUAAUAUGUCGCUGUCGGGGCAGUAUUUGGAGGAGCUGUCGCGUCGUUAUAAAAAGCAGGUGGAGGAGUUGCAGCAGACGCUUACACAACAGUCGCUCACAGUGCGCACUCUGGAAGAUCAGAGCCGACGCUUUAUUGACCAGGAACAACUCUACAAGCAACAAAGCGCCGAGCUGGCCGGCGAUGUGCGUGCGCUCACAUACCAAGUGCAGGCCUGCAUCCUCGUCAUCAUCAUAGUGGGCACGUGCAUCUUUCUGAUGCUAGUGCUGGGAACUGUCUACUAUCGCAAGUUGCGGCGCCAAACCCAACAGUUGCUUCCGCAGGCAACGACGGGUAAUAGCCAGCAAAAGCUCAGCCGUCGCAAGUCAUAUGAGCAAAUGAUGCAGCAGUCGCCCGGCAAGCAGCGGAGGCCAAGCGAGGAAGCCAUGCUCAUACUGAAUGGCUGCGGAGACUCGUCCCUGACGGAACAGUCCGACGCUGGCAACGGCAACGGCAGGCAGCGUAAGUUAUCAGUCUGCUAUGGGAGCAACAACAACAUUGCCAACCACAUGAGCAGCACAAGAGCUUCGCUGCACAGGCGGAAAGGUGCAAAGCAUUCCUGGCACGCUAGCUUAGAUUCAGCGCAGGUGACGUGCGGUGAGAAUCCCGACAAGUUCUUCGAUGUGGACACUCUCAAGAGUAAUAAGAUGCAAAAUAAGUCCGCCAAAAGGAAAUCGCUGCAACAGUUCCAACAGGAGCUGAAACGCCAAGAGUCGGCACCUGCCAGCUACACAGAAAACAGUCUAACUGAGGAGCCUACGCAGAGCGACUUUGAUGAGAGUCUCAUUCUGGACGACGAAGAUCUGUGCAACUUCAUACCCAACACUGAUUUGGCUUACAACGAAUUUAUGCCUGAAGGCCCGUCAGGAUACCAGAUCCUAGACACACUCGAUGGAAAGGCUGACAAGGGUCAGACAGUGAAAAAGUGUCGACGCGUUUCGUCGCCAGCGUUCUUUAAGUCGCCGUUUAGCAAAAAUAAGAACAAAGGAGGCAGUCUGAACGGCAUGGGUGGCGUAAAGGGCAGCCAGUCGGCGCAUGAGGCGACUUCUUGGGAAUGGUAUCGCCUGAGGCGAAGCGAGAAACAAUCAAAGCAGUUGUCAGUGCCGAGUGUAUCCAUCUCUUCUACGCCCAAUGCGAGCCUGGACAAUUCAUCUCUGUCGGAAAUUAACUUUCCUUUUAACUCAACGCAAAACUCCUUUCGCAUACUAGGCGAGGCCAUACUCUCCUCUGGCGAGAGUAGGCCCAGUGGCAAGGGCAGCGCUGUUGCCGCCGGCAGCAGCAGUAGUAGUGGCGCCAGUACCACCUCCUCGACAACGAAAAAGAAGCAGCGUGCUUUCAAUAAUAUAUUUCGAAAAGUCUUUUGAAGAAGACGACGUUUGCCGACUAUUUAAAUGUUUUACUUAUUAAAUUGUUCCCUCAAUUGUGUUCAGUUAGGUUUGUCUACCAACGGCAUCAAUUGGACUGAUGUUAUCUACGUAGAUAAUUAAAAAUUUUGUGUGAAUGAAACACUCCAGUUUUGUAAAAUACCGGUCAAAAGAUUCAAUUCGUUUCUCUCAAGAGUUCCUUAGUGUUGCAGUAAUAUGCAAAUGACUGUCAAAUCAAAUUAGUUAUACCUUCAUUUGAUUUUUAAUUGUAAUAAUAUGCUCGCUGCUUGUAUAUACAUUUAAACAAUGGAAAUCUACAAUAAUGAAAGUGCUUGCUUUCACGAAAGGCAAGCUUCUUUACUUAAUAUUCCAAGCCUUUUUUGCUCUUGCCCAGCGCUAAUUAAAGUAUUUAGUUUAUAAGCAUUGCAAAUUGUCGCUGUAUUAGUUUGUUAUUAGCCUUAUUACAGCCAUUACUUAUUGAAAUAAUUAUAAAUUGUACGUUUAUUUAAAGUAAAAGCAGAUAACAUUUAUUUAU